AUGUGUAUUUAUAUGAUUACGGAAGAGGACUACAUUUGUGAAGCGUGCUUUGAUGUAUCCAUGCAGUCUAUUAAUGCUCAAAUUCAUGGAAACAAUGAGUGUCAUCCAUCUGCUUGUUCAUCUCGCCUUGGUCAUACUCAAGUGUGCCCCGUUUGUGGUCGAUCAUUGCUCAAUCGUCAAAGUGACCAUAUUCACAAAGAAAACCCAUCAAGCCUCACACUAAGAAUGAUCAACUUAAUUCGAGCUACUGUAGCACCUCGUCAGGAUGAAAGAAGAGGCUUAGAAGGUGAUGAGACUCCUCACGGUCAAGAAGAAGUGGAACAGCCUGUUGAUGCAGUUCAUGUUCCAGAAUUACAACCUCCCCCGUUUCUUGCAAGUACAGAUGAAAGGGAUUCGUCUGUAGAAUCAGUUGCAGCUCCAGAGGUUCAUUCGCUACAAUCUCAAACCCAACAAUCAACUUUUUGUAUUUUGGUGGCGGCUUCUAACUUUCAAAUGAGUCCGAAAGUAGCAGUGGUCACCGGAGCAAAUAAAGGCAUUGGUUUUGCAAUAGUCCGCGGACUUUGCAAGCGUGUGGAUGUAGUUUAUUUAACGUCGCGUGAUGAAGAGCGUGGUAAAAAAGCGGUGGACGAGCUCAACAAAGAAGGUUUAAACCCAAAGUAUCAUCAGCUAGACAUAACCGUAAAGAAGAGUGUGGAAGUUUUUCGUGACUACAUCAAAGAGAAAUACGGUGGAAUUGAUAUUUUAGUAAAUAAUGCCGCAAUUGCAUUUAAAAAUAACUCGACCGAACCAGUCGCUGUGCAAGCAGCAGAAACCUUACGAGUUAAUUACUUUUCCGUACUUACAACCUGCGAAAUACUUUUUCCGAUACUACGAAAUAGCGCUAGAGUUGUUAAUAUUUCGAGUUCUUCCGGUCAUUUGAGUCAAAUACCUAGUGAGACUUUAAGAAAUCGUUUUAAAGAUCCCAACCUAACUAUUCCUGAGCUUUCGGAUCUUAUGAAUAAGUAUAUUGAGGAUGCCAAGAAAGGUACUCAGGCUGCUGAGUGGGGAAACUCUUCAUAUGUAGUAUCAAAAGUUGGCUUAACAGCCUUAACCUUGAUUCAGCAGAGAUUGCUAAAUGAUAGAGGUAAUUUGUAUUUUAAAUAUUUUAUGUUUUCUUCUUGA